AUGACAAGGCGCCGUGCCUCCUCUCGGAGGAGGGCUAGAUCUUCUGACGACGCCCGUCGGAGGCAAAUCCCAGACCCGAAAUGUCUUUUCGUUGGUAAUCUUCCUUUCAGCUGUUCGACAGAAGACAUGUUGAAGAUCUUCCAAAAAUAUGGAAGAAUUGCAGAGGUUUUCCUUCCAUUUUUCCCUAGUACGUCUAAACCCAGAGGAUAUGGUUUUGUACGUUUCUUCUAUGAAGACGAUGCUAGGGCAGCCAUGGGCGUCCUAGAUGGGCAAAGGAUCGAUGGCAGACAACUUUUUGUGAAGAACGCCAGGCCGAAACCCACUCAGCGCCCAAAAUCCUCACAUUCUCUUCUCUUCUUUAAGCAGAAAGAGCAGGGGAACUAUCGCAGGCUCUCGGAGGGUUCGAGCAGAGGCAGCCGUCACCCACUCAUGGAGAGGGUGGCCUCCUUCGAUGGCUCAUCUCACCGUAGGACGAGGUCUGAGUUUCAGAAGCCUGCGUCUGACUUUAAGGAGUUGAGGAGGCGCCCUUCUUCCCAACUGAAAAUCCAAGACUCCCGCUUUCAAAUUCACAACUGA